CUUGUCUAUUUCGACGUUAAUAUUGCAAUUAAUUACCUGGCUUGAAAAGCAUCAUCACCAUAUUACUCGACAAUACACUCCGAUGAGUCCAACAGAAGCAUUAAAGGCUGAAGCCGGCGACUCGUCAAAGGCCAAGAGUAAUAAUGCUCACGCUUGCGAUGUUUGUCGAGUGAAGAAGAGAAGAUGUGAUCUGAGCACUGGUGUCUUGAGGUGCUCUUAUUGUACCAAGACCAACUCUCAUUGUGAAAUCACACAUGUCAUUAAACCGCGACAGCGGAGGAAGAAGAAAAUGAUGCAGACUCUUGAAGACCGCAUCCACAGUCUCGAAGAAUUGAUUCGAACGGCAAUGGCUCCAGGAGCAGAUGCCCCUCUUCGCGAGACGAAGAACUCAUUGAAUCCAUCUUCGCAGCCGGUAUUUGGCUCCACAGAUGUCAAUUCGACCUCGAUAGAGUCAGCACUUAGGUCUUUGCAGCAAACUUCUGUCGCUCGCAGUCAGCAACAGACAGACCUUCCAGUGCCCGCCGAUAUAUCCGCAAUUCACACCUCGAACGACAUCUCGCAUUACUCUCACGAGAUUGAGAGCUCAGAGAGCACUAGCUGGGAUGAACCGGUGACAGAGUAUGCGGCUACCUCUGUUCGGCACGGGCCUGUACCAACAGAUCUGGACCUGCGACCCAGAGCCAAAGUCUCCAAAGACCGCAUAUGCACUAUGCCUUCACCAGAGGCCGCAUACUUUCUCCUGCAGGAAUAUCUGGUGGAUUUCAACAUGGCGCUCCCGUUGUUCAAUGCCAAGACAAUCUUUGAGCUGUUUCAAGAUUGCUAUAACGGGAGAGCGGAUGGAAAGGUCUUGUCAUGGGUUGCGAUGAAGCUCGUGCUCGCCAUUGCCCAUAGGCUGCGUGCCAUGAGCCCCUUGGGCGUUCCACAGGACCACGAGAUCACUCAGAUCUACCUGAACGACACGCUGGCCCAAAUGCCAGCUAUUGUCAAGGAAAAGCCAUCUCUCUUACUCUGCCAAUGCUAUCUUGGCUUGGUCUUUGUCUUUUUGACUUCAUUUGAUUCACAUCCUGCGGCCAUGUUCGCAUCCACUGCUGUGCGCAUCGCUCAAGACCUGAUGAAGGAUAUCCAAAGUCAGACUUUGCCGGAGCGAAUCCAGCGACAAAGACUUCUAUGGAUUGCAUAUUCACAAGACGCGGACUUGAGCUUGAAGGCUGGCCGCAUACCAACGUUGAAUUCCACCCUUCUUGAGGCCGACCUCCCCUUGGAUGAUUUUUCAGAGGGCGUCGGCGAAGUGCGUGCGACUAGCGGCGAGUUCAGGAUCAACGCUUUCCGACUUCUGGCGGAGAUUUCAUUAAUUGAAACUGAGCUUGCGCGACCCACGCAGGCUUCGAACUUGUUGUCUCUCACCGAUCAUGAGUACAUGGCGUCUUUGCAAGUGACUGAUCUCAAGCUCGAUCACUGGAGGCGCCGAUGGAUAUUUGCAUUGACGCCGCUGAAACUCUACCAACUGCUCCACCGGUCAGAUUUGGUGCAUGUAAUUGUCCUCGAGGCGAGAUACCUUGUUUCUCUAUUCUCCCUACUCGCUCGGAAAGACAGACGCUACCAAGGGAGUCCCAGGCUCUUCUCGGCCGACGGUAUCUUGCAACGCAUCUUGAAGACCAGAUCACCUCAAGUGGUGAGUGAUGCACGGCAUUUCCUUGGGUUGGUGAGCCUGAUCCCAGGAGACGACAUUGCCCUUAAUUGGAUCACACUUGAUUGUAUUACCAGUUCACUUGCUGUAAUCAUAGCCAACACCAUCGAUGAACCUCUAACCGAAGUCGCUGCCCCCGACCUUAAAAUGGCAGAGUCUGUCUUAUUUACUUUGGGUCAGCUGUGCAGCAUUAGUAAAGAUGCCGACCUCGGGGCUGCACACAAAGUCUGCAUUGACCUCUUCUUGCUGGCAAACAGGAGAGCUCCAGCGACAUGA